CCAGUACCGUGUAUUAUGUAUCACACUGGCCAGGCGCUGCUGGCGAAUGUCGGGUUAACCAGUUACCAACCAGCUGCCAGCUCGCUAGCACUGCACGGGGAAGAGGGCAGCUGAGAUCUUCACAAUCCUCCAAAUGAGUUAACAACGCAGUGAUUACACAUUCAUGCUGACAGCAGGACUAAAGCCUCCCAUCCCCCAUCCUCUCAGCUUUCACCCCUCUCAUCUCCUGGCUGCAGACUGCAAGCAGCAGGCACAGGCUGCAGAGGACCUGCUAUCUGGGCCAAGGCUGGCAUCACAGAUUCCUGUAAGCGACACCUUCUCCUCUUACAUGAAAAGCAAAGGACGGACCCCCAGAUAUGUCAAGUGUCGGAAGAACCCCCCGGAAAAACACCAGUGUAAAGAUGGUCAUCCAGGACACAGAAGAACCUUUACCACCAUCCAUAGUCCGAGUGACCAUACCGAAAGUGCCUCUGACAAAGAAAAGCUCAUACCCCCAGUUAUGGAGAUCUAAGCUGAGUCAGAAGGUCUAGCAGGAUCUAGGGGUGCACCAUCCAGACUCCAGGAUGACCAGAUGUUUGCUGUGAUUUCUAUCUCGUCCUGAUCAUUGCGUUGUGCUUGUCCCCUGGGUCUUCCAGUAGCAAACAUAAAGAGCCCAUGGCGCUAAUCAGGAGGAAGACGCUCGCCAAGGAUCAGGAGAUCCAGGAGAUCCAGAUCUUUGGAUAUGGAGAUGCCGACUUCGACGCACAGGACAGGAACCUGCAAAUGCAGUCACCCCUAUGUAAGACGCUCACACAGGGGGGUGAACCCUGCGCCAGGCUGCAGAAGAAUGAGGUUGCGACUCAGACCUCGCCGGUCUUCUGCUUCAGCUCCGUAGGCGAGAUUGUAGAGUUUCUGAAUAGCUGCAGCAGAGUAGAGGACCACAGCCCCAGAGCACCGUCCUUUGCUGAUGACCCUCUGGAUGAGUCAGUAGAGGAGGUACUGACUAAGGAGGACCACAUGCGAACACUGAAACUGGAAAUGGAGGAGGAAGAUGAUGAUGAAGAUGAUAACCAACCUAUUGUCUCUCAUCUUUACCCUAACCCUCCUGUAAGAUAUGCCUCAAGCUCCAGUGCUCGCUUCCCCAUCAUCAAACGCCGGAGAAAGCAGCGUUUCCACUGUGACUGGCAGGGUCCUGCAGCCGUCAUCAGUUCCCCAAACAUACCAGCUCAAGCCAUGGAGCUGAGGGUGGACGAAGACCUCGCUUUGUCUAUUCGACGACAAGUUGACAUUAACAACCCAGGACCUUUUGGCUGGCAGCUUGCAAAAUUGUUGUUUACCGAGGAGGAACUUUAUGGGCAUAAUUUUAAUGGGACGGAUCAGAAGAUGCCCCUCAGCCCGAGGCGCGUCCAUGCAAUCCAGCAUGCCUUCCACGAUUACUUCCCCAAAGACAUUGCUGACGAGGCCCUGGCCAAGGGUCGCACAGCCAUCAACCAGGGGAUAAGGAAUAUGUUUUAUGUCCGCAACCGCAGGGAUGGAGAUAAUUCCUAGUCCAUACAGGUUCUGUCUGACUGCGGCUCUACAGACUCCCCGGCCCCAUAUACAGUGAUCUCACAUAUUCUAUGGACCAGUGCCCUAUUGCCAGUGACUGAUACAGGGCUCUCUACGGGGACUUGCGGACAGUCCAUUAUAAUGUAAAACCUGUAGCUGUAUACAGAGGAUUAUGCUCUCCUAAUAUUGUAAUGACAUAAAUGAUUCUCAUUGUC